AUGCACCACCGUCAUCUUUUCGGUUUCGUCUUCGUUCUUUUCUGCGUCGUCGCGGCCGCGCUAGUGCCACGCGCGGAGGCCUACGGCGAGCCCGUCUCCAGCCGCCCCUCCUACCAGGAACGCACCGUGGGUGCCCUCAUCAACGCCGCACGCGUCGGUCCGUCCGGGUUCGCGGCGGCCUACAUGGCCACGGCGGGCUACCCGGCGUCGGGCAUCGCCGACGGGCUCCCCGCGCAGCUGCCGCUCUACUUCGACCCCAAGCUCUCCGAGGCCGCGUCGGGCCACUCCCAGGACCUCGCCAACAACUGCCACGCGGUUCAGUUCAAUAGCUGCGACGGCACCGCGUGGUACACUCGCGUGCGCAACAUCUACAGCUGCACUGGACUCGUGGGCGAGGGCCUGCAGUACGCCUACAGCGGCGACCCGCUGACGGCCGUGAGCGAUGGCGUCUGCGGGUGGAACCAGGACGCCAGCGGCAACUACGUCUGCUGUCCCGCGAGUGGCAAGACCAGCAGCGGCAGCACGUGCAAUGGACUGCGCAACAUGUACCUGUCGUCGAGCUACAGCCGCUUCGGCGUGGGCUACGGCGCCGACGCCCAGACCGGCUACUACUACUGGACGACCGACUACGGCGCGUGCAACACGGAGACCUACGCCAAUCCGAUCGCGUCCGGCUCGCACCUGAUCCAAUCGGGCAACGUGCGGUUCUUCGCGGCCUACUACGACGCCGUCGGCGCGCCCCAGAGCGCCAAGGUCUUCGUCGGCGGCUCGCCCCUCGACCUCGCCCUCGACGCCGGCACCGGCAACCAGGGUAACUACUACGCCGUGUCGGCGGCCGGGAGCGGGUGCAGGUCGUACUACUUCCAGUUCACGUCGGCCAGCGGCGGCGUCUACCGCCUCCCGGAGACGGGCUACUUCAACACCUUUGGCGAGGGCUCGUGCUCGACCGACUGGACCUCGACUCCCGUGGGUGGAACGGUGACGACCGUGCCGGAUCCGCCCCAGAAUGUGGCGGUGAGCGGCGUCACGACGUCGUCGGCCACCAUCUCGUGGGCGGCCCCGGCCACCGACGGCGGCAGCGCCCUGACCGGCUACACCGUCUACAUCCGGGCCUACGGCACCGAGUUCCCCGCCGAAGUCACUGGCGGCACCAGCAUCACCUUCACC